CUCCAAGGCGGAACAUGGUGAAGCAGACCAUCCAGAUCUUCGCCCGAAUCAAACCGAGCAGGAGACCCACAGGGAUCUUCUCCGUUUCUGAUGAAGAUGCCGCCUCGUCCUGCUUGGAAAUCACCGUCCCCCGCGACCUCGCAGACGGAUUCGUGAACAAUAAGAGAGAGAGUUAUAAGUUUAGGUUUCAAGAAACGUUUAACCAAGACGCCAAACAAGAAGCCGUGUUCGAGCGCAUCGCAAAGCCGGUGGCCGAGAGUGUCCUUACGGGUUACAAUGGCACCAUAUUCGCGUAUGGACAGACGGGCAGCGGGAAGACGUUCACCAUCACCGGAGGAGCCGAGCGCUACAGCGACAGAGGAAUCAUCCCUCGGACCCUGUCCUACAUUUUUGAGCAGAUCCAGAAGGACGCCAGUAAAGCGUACACGAUGCACAUCUCCUACUUGGAAAUUUACAACGAGUGCGGAUAUGACCUGCUGGACCCCAGACACGAAGCUUCAAAACUGGAAGAUCUCCCGAAAGUGACUAUAAUGGAGGACCCGGAUCAGAACAUUCACCUUAAGAAUCUGUGUCUGCAGCCGGCAAACAGCGAGGAGGAGGCCCUGAACCUGCUGUUUCUCGGAGACACAAACCGGAUGAUAGCGGAGACCCCAAUGAACCAAGCCUCGACUCGUUCGCACUGCAUCUUCACCGUUCACAUCUCCAGUAAGGAGCCGGGAUCGGCCACCGUCCGGCGCUCCAAGCUGCACCUGGUGGACCUGGCCGGGUCGGAGCGGGUCGCGAAGACCGGAGUGGGCGGCCAGCUGCUAACGGAAGCAAAAUACAUCAAUUUAUCGCUACACUACCUGGAACAGGUAAUCAUCGCUUUGGCUGAGAAGAACCGCUCCCACAUCCCCUACAGGAACUCCAUGAUGACCUCGGUUCUGCGAGACAGCCUGGGGGGGAACUGCAUGACCACGAUGAUCGCGACGCUCUCGUUGGAAAAGAGGAACAUUGACGAAUCCAUAUCCACGUGUCGCUUCGCGCAGAGAGUUGCCUUAAUAAAGAACGAGGCCGUACUCAACGAAGAGAUCGACCCCCAGCUGGUGAUCGUUCGUCUUAAGAAGGAGAUCCAAGCUCUGAAGGACGAGUUGGCCCUGGUGACCGGGGAGCAGAGGACCGAGGAGCUGACGCACGAUGAGAUUCUCAGACUCGAGGAGCGAAGCCGCGCAUACCUGGAAGACAGAGAUCCAGAAAGCUUUCUGGAAAUAGGGGCUGACAUGCGGAAAAUUCAGCACUGCUUUGCUUUCUUCAAGAAACUUUUAAACGACUGCAAACAGAACGAGAGCACAGCGGACUCUUCUGACGCGGCUCCCGACAGACCCAGCAGCUCUGCGGCCAAACCGGAGGAGAUCAGGAGACUCCGUGACCUUCUGCAGCAACGAGACAACGAAAUCAAUAUCUUGGUCGGAAUGCUAAAGAAAGAGAAGAGGAAGGCUCAGCAGGCCAAGGGAGAGGAUGUCUCCUCGAGUCUCCUUCCGGAUAUCUCAGCCGGGAACGGAGGUCAGAGGACAGCGGUACCUUCUGGCGGGCGAGACACCCACAGAUUCAAUGCUCAGCGCAGGAGAACAGGUGAAAAGAUGUCUCUGGGCCGGCGAGAAGCUUUCGAAACGUUCCAACGAGAUUCCGCUGACAGCGUCACCAUCGCAGACAACAAGCAGCUCCUGAGACUGCGAUUUGCUGAGGCGAAGCGUCUCGGGGAAGAAGUAAACACAGCGAGGCACCGGAUCAAUCAACUGAAAGGGGAAGUGGAACAACGCAGACUGCAAAGAGCUGCCCUGGGAGUGUCCGGUUCCUCCGAUGAGUUGGACAAGCUGGAUCCGGCAGAAGAGGAGCUCCGGGGCCAAAUGGAAGAGGAGAAAAAGAGAUACAAAAUACUCUUCGGCCGCCUGAAGGGGCUGAAGACGGAGAUCGAGCACCUGCAGCUUCUGAUGGAGAAAGCCAAGAUAAAGCUGCAGAAAGAGUUCGAAGAGUGGUGGUCCGCGGAGGAAGAGAGUCUGCAGAACUUGCCGGCAGCAAACCCUGCGUCACCUUCAGCACCGAUCCCGCGGCAUCACCAUCACAGCAGCAUCUCAGGCUCAGUGGACCCGGCAGCGAGAAGCUUCGCAAGCAGCCUGGAUGAUUCGGCCGCCCGGCGCAGACCCCCCCAGACAGCAGAGACCCCGAUUCCACUCACGGGGGACAGUCAGACAGAUGCCGACAUUCUGGCUUUCGUGAGAGCCCGUCAGAAUCUCCUGCAGAGAAAAGGAUCGCCGCAGCAGUGACCGUGUACAGCGAGGGGACACGUGCGGCCCCCCAUACUGUACCGCGCCAUCUUCUCUCAUCUUCCCACCAUCCACAUCACUGCAGCCGGGACACGGCCCCGGAAUCACCCAGAAAUCCUC